GACGGACAAGACAGGUAGAGGGUACUAAGAGGCACUGCGAGCUAGCGCCCGCGCGUUGGUGGCACUGAAAAACAUGUAAUAGUCACAUGGACGCUAUCAAACGCGAGUCAGUCUUAGCUCAGCUAACGAUCGGAUAACGUUCUUUUCUACGCGCUUUCCUAGAUGUAGACGCGGUUUGUUCGGAGAAGUGUCGGGAAAAUCAGUUUACUGUUGUUGGAAAGGAUUUUCCACCCACCGAAUUCGAUUUGGGGAAAAUUGUUCUAAUAGUAAAUUAUUACUUCUACGAGAAUGAAAAAAAUAGUGACGAUGUGAGUGUCUAUAAUCGUGUCAAAGUGAAAGAAUAGAAAACGAUCCUGUCGGUCGGCCUGAUGUUAAACGAAACAAUCUAACAACACGAUGUGUGCAAAUACAAUUAUCACCCUGUUGGGGUUGAUUGCGGCUGCCAAUUCGGCCGGAGCUGGCGGCACUCCGCAGUGUAACAAGCUACCAAAUCAGUGUUCUCCGGUGAAAACUCAACGAGGGGAUGAAGCUGCCAGUGGAGUGACCACCGGAAGCUUAUUGUUGGCGGCUCGAAAUAAAACUGCGCCACCAUCAGCUGGUGGAAAUUUAAGUGAAAUAGAUGAGUUCCUAAUAAACAGCGUACGGCAUAAACUCGGGAUAGAGUUUCCUGCCGAAACGAACCAACGAACGGCUGAGGAUGAGCUGGAGAUUAGCCCCGAAGAAGCAGAAUUCGUUUCCAAACUGAGUGAAACAUACUUCUCGCACCACCCGCCCUUCAAUCCUGCCUACAGCAAACAGGUGUCCGCGGAAUGCGCCCAAGCUGCGAAAGCUUAUCUAAGUUCGCUUCGGUCGAUGAAGAUGUCGGCCCUCAGGAUGUACGACGCCGGCGGCAAGUUCACCUCCGGAAUUCUGAACGGCAACAUCAACCAGUACGGCGACUAUGAUCAGUGUUUGAACAUUCGUGGCCGCUAUUGUCUAGCCGGCAUCCAGCCGACAGUGCGCUCCUCGGGGAUGCCAUUCCUGCGGCAUCUGUACGAUCUGGUCCAGUCGCAUGGAAUCCUAACGAGUGAACUCGGUGAUCCCGGACAUCGCGUGCCACGCUUCUCCACCAUCAACUGGGCGUUGUGUGUUCCAGCUGCUUGCACCCCCAGGGACAUUCAACACUCACUGGGGGAGUUUCUUCGAGACACCGCCGAUGGAACCGGUGUGCAGCUGGAUGUGAGCGUAGAGUCUGAGCUUUGUGAGGUGCGGAACUUCGUUUGGGAUCGUUACUAUACCCCGGCCGCCGCGAAGGUCUGGAUUGGGUUUGCUGUUUAUUUGACUGUCGUGCUGCUUUCCACACUGUACGAGUAUAAGUCGGGAAACAAGAACAAAUGGCUAUCCGCCUUCUCGCUAAUCCAGAACACGAGAACCAUCUUCUGCGUCAAGGAUGACCCGAACGAUGUAGCCAGCGUUCAUGGGAUACGCUUUCUGAACGCAAUCCUGCUGGUCGUCGCACACAAAUCGAUGGCCCUCUUCUUCAACCCGUACGCCAACCGAACCGAUAUGAGCGAGACCCUAGGUCAACCGUGGACUGUCGUGGGACGCGCUGCGUCCCUCUUCACCGAUCCGUUCAUCAUGUUCAGUGGCUUUCUGACAACAUAUUCGAUGAUCGGGCGUUUGAUGCGUAACCAACGGAUAAAACUGUACCAGGAUUACAUCGGACGAUUGCUCAGGAUUAUUCCCCCGCUGGGAGCGUUGAUCCUGUUCUGUACCUUCGUGCUGCCCUUCCUGGGCAGUGGACCGCAAUGGAAUCUAGUCGUCACCAAUCAUGGUGACAUUUGCAAGAAGUACUGGUGGCGCAAUCUGCUUUUCAUUCACAACUAUUUCGGCUUCAAGAAUAUGUGCCUCACUCACACCCAUCACAUCGGAAUCGACACAGAGCUGUUCUUCGUGUCACCUCUAUUUAUCUGGUUGAUUUGGAAGUGGCCCAGGAGAGGUGGGAUGGCGUUGAUCGUACUGGCGCUGGUGUCCACCAUACAUCGGUUCUACAUCACCUAUAAACUGCGGCUCUCUAACUACGUGUAUUUUGGCACAUCUGUCCAGCAGCUGUUCGACACGGCGGACAACAUGUACAUUCUGCCGUACUAUCGAUUGACGGUGUACCUGAUGGGUGUCAUGCUAGGCUACGCGUGUCGCGUCUACAAAUCGAUCAGUCUAACGCCGAACCAACUUCGACUGGGCUGGUAUGCGAGCAGCUUCCUGCUGGUGUUGGCCUUCUUCGGUCCCGCCCCUAUGGGUUCCAUCCGAUACGUGUACGAUCCUCUGCACGCCGCCAAUUAUGCUGCCUUUUCGCCGAUCGCGUGGUGUCUGUUCUUCGCCUGGGCUGUCUUCACCUCGCAUUUAGGUUACAGAAAUAAACUAAUCGAUGUGUUCUCCUGGCGGGGAUUCCGCGUAACGACCAAAAUAUCCUACGCCAUUUAUCUGACGCAGUUCCCAAUCUUCUUCUACAACGUAGGCCGUGUACGAACCGCUCUACACUACCACUUCCUAACGUCAGUCCUGCUGGACUUCAAAGAGUUCAUCGCCAUCUUUGUGGCGUCCUUCCUGCUGACGGUUCUGUUCGAGACUCCGUUCAGCAACAUUAAGAGACUCCUCUUCAACAGCGGUGUCAAGCGUUCCAAAAGGGCACCGGAAGUGAUGUGUGAUAACAACGAGAAUAGCAACAACAACGACGACCGUAAGACGAUUGUCUAUCCCGCCACCAAUCAGACUAAGAAUUUAAGAGAUUGAAAAGCGUGUGCGAAAAACGGAAGAAUGAUCGAGAGAUUCUUUUAACCACUGCUUAACGUGUUAAACUGUCGGCUAUAAAGUUUGGGCUUAGAAACGAAAUGGAUAAUAGGUGUAAGGUACAAUUAAGGCGUGUGUUUGAAUAAUUGAGUUUUUUUAUAAUAAAAGUUGGC